AAAGUUGACAACUCGUCACCACGUAGCUCGCUCGAACAGGGAUUGUUAUUGCUAGUUUCCCUUUCCCACGUAUGCUAGCCGCAUCGUAAGCAAAAUCAGCGACCGAAUCGCCGCGAGGUGCAGGAUUUUCAGUUCCUCAGAAGUGAAAGCCUUGCGUUUUACGGUGUCUGGUUGGUGAAGGAGUACAUUCAAGGUCCUUGUUUCGUUUUUCGACUUCACGAAGAUUGUCUUGUUUCGGACCAAAGGCAGCAUCCGCACAGUUUGCUGUGAGAUGUAAUACGUGUUACACCGUUGUUUUGUGCAUUUUGUUCAUAUUGUAGAGAGCAGUUCGUGUGUCCUUUCAUCAGCAAAGCUGCCAGGAAGUAACACCGGUUCCAAGUGUAAAUUAGUGUGUUCUCUGUACGUUAGAUCCCCAGGGCAACUCUGACAGUAAAAAUGGCAAUCAAACCGGGUAUGGGUCGGAAAACGUCCACCAAAAAUCCUCCCUUCCUAAGUCACGAAUUUGUGAUUCAAAACCAUGCCGAUAUCGUGUCCUGUUUUGCGAUGGUUUUUGUCGUCGGAUUGAUGUUACAGGCUACCAACUCACUGGCAAGUAUCUUCAUUGCUUUGCACCAUAACGUGAGUGGUGCCGAUCCGAGCCAUGAAAAUCCCCAUGGCGAGCCCUUCUUUUAUACCUCCGGAUGGAUGGACGGAUGUGCAGUAUUUUUCUACACGCUGAUUUGCAUCAUAAUGCAUGCAAUCCUGCAGGAAUACGCACUGGAUAAAAUCUCCAAAAAGCUGCACCUCUCCAAGUUCAAGCUGUCCCGAUUCAACGAAUCCGGCCAGUUUGUGGUAUUUUACGCGAUGUCAUUCCUCUGGGGCUUCGAUGUGAUCGUGCGCGAGCAGUACAUUGGAAAUGUGGCCAAACUGUGGGAAGGUUUUCCCGACCAUCCCAUGGUGUUUCUGCACAAGCUGUUCUUCAUCACCCAGCUGGCGUAUUAUUUACACAUGCUGCCAGAGCUGUAUUUCCAGAAGGUCAAGAAGGACGAACAUAUGCAAACGAUCCAGCAUGCUCUCGGAGGAUUCUUCCUGAUUGCUACGGCGUACUUCCUCGGAUUCCAGCGCAUCGCUUUGGUGCUCUUGACGCUGCACUACUUCUGCGAGUUCAUUUCGCACGCAUUCCAGCUGAUGAACAUCUUCGACAAGGAAGAGAAGUUUGUGCGAUUGCGCCUCGUCUACAACGCGAUCUUCAUUCUGACCCGUUUCGCCACGAUGGUACUCGCCUUCCUGACGCUGUAUUACGGCAUCGAAAAUGUGUCCGAGAUGAAGCGCAGCUUCAUGCUCGCCACCGUUUUUGGUCUCCAGGGCUAUCUGAUCUUCGACUUCAUCUCCAACGUGUUGAGAUCGAAGCGCGAGAGCUCCGCUGAGCACAAUGCUGAACGUUCCCAGAAAGCAGCCCCGGUCAAGAGCGAGAAAUCAAAGAAGGAACGCAAGAAGGAGAGUGAUCUCCCAGAAGCAGAUCAGAACACGGCAGCAGCAGCAGUAGCAGCACAAUCCUCGGUGGCGCCCGCCAGCGGAAAGGGCUCCAAGAAGGUGAAGGCUAAAUAAAUGCGUCAGUUUCCGUUCCGCUAGGUUAUGUUUGUUUCCCUCGAUAAGCACCGAAAACCAUUACGAUUUUGUACUGAAAUAAGGCUGGGCGGUUUGAAGAUAGUGAGCUAAAACAAGAAGCAACUAUGGGAGCAUCAUUUGCUCUCGUAUUUAAAGAUCUUUGUUGAAUAAUAAUUAACUAAAUAAAAAAAAACGAUGAUGCAGUACUACAAACAAACUGCCUUUCUCGGUUAGUUUAACUGUUGAGUUUUUUUUUCUGUCAACUCGGAAGGGAGAUGAAGCAGUAAAAGGUAGAAAUAAGAUAAAAUCUAAUAGAUUUUUUAAACAGAAAACACAUGCUCAAAAUAUAAUCACUUUUAAAGUAGCGCUAUUCGUCUUCGCGAAUGCCAGUUGAAAACUACUACCAAUAGUUAUUUUCCUCUCUGUCCACCCUGUGAGUGGAGCAUCGGUAUAAUACAACACACAUUCAGUGCGAUUCGUUGAGCGAAAAAGUCCGAAAGGUUUUAUAUGCAUUUACAAAUUUCGACUCAAAUGAUGCAAUAUUUGCUGUAGCGAUGAAAAAUAGCGCAGAUGUAGAAAAGAGAAAAUCACAAGCAAAUUAGAAAAACAAAUGAAACAUGCAGAAGAUAUAUAGAUUUUUUGAAAGUCUACAAUAAGUUUAUACCUUUCUUUGCGAUUUACACGAAUUGGGUUUCGAAAAUAUUCUUAUUUUGUGUACGCUCUUACGCAAUAACUGAAAAUAAAAAGUGACACAGUCUA